CAGUUUAUAGCGUGGAGGAUAAUCAGUCGCAAUUGCCAGGACUCCAAGUGACAUUACGUUGAAGGGACGUGUGUAAUUUUUUCAUUCAUGUGCUUGACGGUUUGAGAACGCUCGCGCAGUAACAUGAGUAAAUUAUUCUCCUCCAAGUCUACUGACUUCGAGAACGAAGCAUUAGAAGUUCACAAUGAGUACAGAAGAGAUCACGGAGUUGCACCUUUAGUUCUUAGCAAAGAUAUAUCCAAAAUCAGCCAAAAAUGGGCCGAAGAACUAGCCAAAAGAGACGCUAUGGCGUACAGCCUCAAUCAGAAGUAUGGAGAAAGCGUGUACUGUGGAUGGUCAGCUGACCCCAACACCAAAAUCAAAGCAAGAGACUGCGUCGACAAAUGGUACAGCGAAAUCAACGAAUUCUCCUUCGGUCGUGACCCAGAUGUUUUGACCUGUGGACAUUUCACACAAAUCGUCUGGAAGGACACCAAAGAACUAGGCGUUGGCAGCGCUAAGAGCAAAUCUGGGAAACUUUAUGUAGUCUGUAAUUAUUACCCUCCUGGGAACUUCAGCGGACAGUUCAGCAAAAAUGUCUUACCACCCGGUGCUAUGCAGUUUAGGACAAAUAGCUAUACCAGAGAGGCAAACAACAACCUAGCACCACCAGCUUCACCUAACAGAAACAGCAAAAAUUUCGCUUCAGACUUAGUCAGCAAAUUCAAAUCUACGUCAAUUUCUGGUGACAAAUUUGAAGACGAGUUUUUGAAGGCACACAACGAAUACAGAAGAAAACACGGAGUACCGCCUUUAGAGUUAAGUAAGAAGCUUAGCAAGUAUGCUGAAGAAUGGGCAAAGACGAUUGCGAAGAAAGGAAAUAUGGAGCAUAGAGAGCAGAAUGACUACGGAGAAAACAUAUUCUUCGCGUGGUCUUCAGAUCCUAACUUUACUGUAUCUGGUAAAGAUCCUGUUGAUAAGUGGUACAGUGAGAUUAAAGACCACUCGUUUGGCAGGGAGCCAACCAGCCUCGGUUCUGGACAUUUCACGCAAGUAAUUUGGGAAGAUACCAAGGAAGUUGGAGUAGGCAUAGCUAAGUCAAAAGAAGGACAAGUUUAUGUAGUAGCAAACUACUUCCCUCCUGGAAACGUAAUGGGUAGUUUUGCCAAAAAAGUACGCCCACCAAUCAAUUGAAAACUAGUAAGAUAUUACUGCCAAAGACAUUUACAUUCCAAAUAUUUACUUUAAAGUAGUAUUUCUUAUCAUUUAUGUUAUUUUAUAAGGUUACUGCGUUAUUAUUUAUAUUACUUUUUGAUACUUAA